AUGGCUUUAAUCAAGGCAAUGUUAAAGAUAAUAAUAAGCAAACAAAAGAGUUAUGUAGAUUUUCACAAAAAGGAAGUGGUGCUUCAGGAAGGUGACAUGCUACUUCUAAAGGUAUCUCCUAUGAAAGGUGUGAUUCGAUUUAGAAAAAAAGAUUCGAACAAGGUUAUAAGUAAGUCAGACAUGGAAAUUUCUAAAGAUCUUUCUUAUAUUAAGCAACCUAUUCAGAUUGUUGACAUGCAAAUCAGGAGGUUAAGAAACAGGGAGAUACCUAUGGUUGAAGUUCUCCAGAGUCACCACAACAUGGAAGAAUGCACAUGGGAGACCCGCGAUUCCAUGUUUUAG